AUGAUCGAUGAUGAUGAUGAUGAUGAUGAUGAUGAUGAUGAUGAUGAUGAUGAUGAUGAUGAUGAUGAUGAUGAUGAUGAUGAUGAUGAUGAUGAUGAUGAUGAUGAUAGAUUUAUGGACAACUUCUUCGAAGAACUGUGUAACUACCUAGCGACUGUGUCGAAGCUGGAGAAUCCGGCCGUUCGUUUACCAAAAUAUAACCCUGAUUAG